AUGGCGGUGGGAGUCUUCCCGCCAAAGCUGAGGGUGUCGGGAGGCCGUCCAGGUUCAGCCGACCCUGAGGUGGGAUCGGCAAACCCAUGGGCACGGUACUACGCACAGCAAGAAGCGCUAACUGCAAGUAUCGCAGCCUCAUCGGUUGGGAUCGUGCAACAACCAUGGGCUACCUCACAUCAGCACUACCAGGCGCAUCAGGCAGUACAGAGCAUCAUAGCACUGCAGCAGCAACAGCAGCUACUGCGUUAUGUGGCGAGCCCUGCCACCUACUUGCAACAACAAUUUCUUCCAUUUGAAUUGAACCAACUAGCUGUGGCCAACCCAGCCACGUACUGGCAACAGCAGCAGGUGCUACGAAACGUAUUCAACCAAUUUGCCGUGGCAAACCCUGCUGCAGCCUACGCGCAGACACAACAGCUGCUACCAAAUGUGUUCCACCAGUUUGCCACGGUUAACCCUGUUGCCUACUUACAACUACAGCAAGUGGUGACAGACGUGUUUAGCCAAGUGGCCCUAGCGAACCCAGCUGCGUACUGGCAACAACCCUUCAUUGGUGGUGGAAUUUACUAAAUGAGUAAAUUAUGAGCUGUACUCUAUAAAGUAAUAAUAAAGUUUACAGUCGA